AUGAUCACCACAAUUCUCGUUGUAUUAGUCAUCUUAUACUUUGUUAGAAAAAUCUACACGGAGAUAGCAAGCAGCUCAAACCCACUAGCAGCAGGCGAACACCUCAGAGACGCAACAAUUGUCCAGGGCAAAUUCACUCCCAAAACAUUGGCCAAGUACAACGGCAGAGACAGUGACAGGAUCUUCAUUUCUGUCAAAAACAGAGUCUACGACGUGACGCAGGGUGCCGCUUUUUACGGACCAGGUGGGCCAUAUGAGAAUUUUGCCGGUAGAGAUGCCUCGAGAGGCUUGGCUCUCAAUUCGUUUGAUCCCGCGGUCUUGACGCCUUUGGACCAGCCAAUUGACGAUUUGAAGAACUUGAGCAAAAUUGAGCUAGAAUCGUUGGAAAGUUGGGACGAACAUUUUGAAAAUAGAUACAAGAUUGUGGGCACUUUACAUGAGAAUGGUACCGUCAAGGAAGAGGAUGAAAAGAGCUUAUAG